UUGUCCCCCUAACCUUUGCCCUAGUGCCCUCUUUUCACAGCGCCCCGUGCCUCUUUUCGCGCGCCUCUUUAUCCACGGGCCCUGUGAGCGCGGGAUCAUUCAGGAGGGUUUGCGGAGACGCCAUCAGCCCCGAGGGGAAGUGAAGUUUUCAUCCGGAAGGGCCGAUGGAGGGAAACCCAGAGGGUCAAUUCCCAUAGAGACAUGGGGGAAGGCUUGGGUCAGUCAGGGGAGGGCAGCCCAGCUGUGAGGCUGGAGCACAUGAAAGGUGGGUCCCCUGCCAAAACCGGCACAGUUCCUGGAUGCCCUCUAGCGGUGAUUAGGUGCCUAGAAGGGGAAAGAGAGGCUUCCUAGGAAUGAGUCCUUGCCAGCAGAGCAAUCGCCUUUCUGGAGCGCUGCUUCUGUGCCAGGCACACUGCUGUUCCCUUUCCUGCAAUUGGACCCGCCACAGGCAAUUUUAUGAAUCGGAUGAUUAGAGAGAGGCCUGGGUGUCAUUGAAGAAACCAGCCUAGGGAUGGGAUGGGAACAGUGUCGUUUUUGGAUGACCGGUCAGGAAGACAGCCAUGAGAAUUUUUUUCCUUGAUCCCAUCCAGGAAAGAGGACAGCUGUAGGUACCUCCCCCACAAGAAUUACACAAAGAAACACACUGGAAUCUGAGACUUCAGGCCCCAGAUAAAUUGUACACGGCUGGAACGGGCAAUGGCUGUGGCCCUAGGUUGUGCAAUCCAAGCCUCCUUGAAUCAGGGCUCAGUGUUUCAAGAGUAUGAUACUGACUCUGAAGUCUUCCGUCAGCGCUUCAGGCAGUUCCAGUACAAAGAAGCAGCCGGGCCUCAUGAAGCUUUCAACAAACUCUGGGAGCUUUGCUGUCAAUGGCUGAAGCCAAAGAUGCGUUCUAAGGAACAAAUCCUGGAGCUUCUAGUGUUGGAGCAAUUCCUAACAAUCCUGCCCACGGAGAUAGAGACCUGGGUGAGGGAACAUUGCCCAGAGAAUAGAGAAAGAGUUGUGUCACUGAUAGAAGACUUACAGAGAGAACUUGAGAUACCAGAGCAGCAGCUCGAUAGGCAGGAAAUGCUCUUGGAAGACUUGGCAGCAGUGGGAAUGGCAGAUAUAGCACCAACCAUCCACCUGGAGUCACCCCCACUCCAAGCAAUGGGACCUGUCCCUGAGGCCCCAGUGGCAGAGGCGUGGAUCCCAGAGGCAGGGCCCCAGGAGCUGAGCUACGGUGCUGCUGGGGAAGGCCAGCCCUUUCUGGACCCCGGAUAUUCACUACCAAAGCUUGAUGUGAGCUUUCCAUUGGACAAUAGAGAAGAGGCAUGGGUGAAGGAACUGCAAGAUUCCAAAGAAAUUAAACAAUUACUUGAGUCCAAGAUAGGUUUUGAGAUUGGGAUAGAAAAUGAAGAAGAUACUUCAAAACAGAAAAAACUGGAAAAUCUGUACCCAUUUCUUGUUACUUUAGAAGGGAAUGCUCUCCAUAGCCCCAUUUUGCAAAAAGACUAUGUACAGUUAGAAAAUCAAUGGGGAAACCCCCCAGAAGAUUUACAGACAGAUUUAACAAAACUUGUAGAUAAUCAGAGCCCACCUGCAGGAGAGAAGCCUGAGAGCUCCAGCUUGGAAGAACCGCUCAACCCUAGACCCCAUAAGAAAAAGAGUCCAGGAGACAAACCUCACCGCUGUUCCCAGUGUGGAAAAUGUUUUGCCCGGAAGUCACAACUUACAGGGCACCAGAGAAUCCAUUCAGGAGAGGAGCCUCAUAAAUGCCCUGAAUGUGGGAAAAGAUUCCUCCGUAGUUCAGACCUCUAUAGACACCAGCGACUUCAUACUGGGGAGAGACCCUAUGAAUGCACUGUGUGUAAAAAGCGCUUCACUCGGCGGUCACACCUUAUAGGGCACCAGAGAACCCAUUCUGAGGAAGAGACGUAUAAAUGCCUUGAGUGUGGGAAAAGCUUUUGUCAUGGAUCAAGUCUCAAAAGACAUCUGAAAACUCAUUCGGGUGAAAAACCUCAUAGAUGUCACAAUUGUGGGAAAAGUUUUAGUAGACUGACAGCUCUUACUUUGCACCAGAGAACUCACACUGAAGAGAGACCUUUUAAAUGUAAUUAUUGUGGGAAAAGCUUUAGACAGAGACCAAGCCUUGUUAUUCAUUUAAGAAUUCAUACAGGGGAGAAGCCAUACAAGUGUAGUCAUUGUUCUAAAAGCUUCAGACAGAGAGCAGGCCUUAUUAUGCACCAAGUCACUCACUUUAGAGGACUUCUUUAAGAAUUAUUAAAGGAAACAGGUCCUACAGAAAUUAGAACUAACUCAAAGAAAUCUUAACCUGCAGCAGCCUGUUUUGUCUUGGAAGAAUCUUUUUGUUUUGAGCUUAUGAGAAGAGCUUUUUUUUUUCACUAUUUUUAAAACCCAUCUUCCAAGGUGUAUAAAUUAUUUUAGAGUAUUCACCUACUCUUGCAACUUUACUAGAUUUGAUUUAUUCUGUCUACAACUUAUUUUUUGACAAUGAAAAAUUUUGCGUCCCAAGCCAACCGUAUCAUAGAUGUAAGCCUAAAGCAUAUAGAGUAGGGUCAGUGUAAUGGAUAACCAUGUCUAUCUGACAUAUCUGUUAUAGCAGCAGUAUAAUUAUGUUGCCGUCAUUAUUAAAAGUUAUUAUAUUAGUUCAAAGCUUAAUAUGUGUCCCGAGUGGCAAGAAGAGAGACAGUGUAUUUUGUCAAUUAAUAAAAAUGUGUCAGAAACCCAUGGCUAAAGAGGAUUUUAUGUGCCUCUUAUGAACGGGGUUAUUUCCAUUUAAAAUUUUUAUAUUUAAGGAAAUUAAGAUUGUAACCUUUACUUUUGAAUUUUGCCAAGUUUGCUAGUCUGCUUUGUAGGCAGUCUAGGGGCAAUGCUGUUUAGAGCUAUUAAUUUGAUGGUUUAUUUUGUUCACAGAAUAGUAAGCACUAUGUGGAAGAAUCCAUUUGACAGUUGAAAGCAUGCAAGUAGCAUCUAAUUUCAUUUAGAUUGAGGAGCCAGUGUCCAUUGCUUUUUAUUCUCCUUUGGUAUUCAGUCAUGUUUGCCAGUGCUUUUUAAAUUGUACUCAUUCUUUAAUUCAGUGUCUCCCUAAGUGUGUGUCUUAGAACUUCUAGAUUCACAGUGCACAUCAGCAUAUGAGAAUCUCUGACAGGUCCUUCAGUAAAGGCAGAAAAAGCACCUCUUUUGUCUCAGUGUAUUGCAAACCUAUUUGACCCCAGAACCCUUUUUCAUGUACACCCAGCAAUAACUCACAGAACUAGUAUUCUGCAAAUAUUUCUUGGAACACAUUGCCUUUAACAGAUAUUUCUAUUGCUAUCAGUAUACUCUUGUUGCUUCUAAGCCAAGUUAUCUCCAGUCGUUUCAAAGGUGUUAUGAAAAAUUCUGUAUAUGUAUACAUUUUUUAUGUAAUACACACACAAACAUAUACACAUAUUUUAAGGAGGUAUGAGGGUCACUAAUUCAGAUAAUUUAGAAGUUGCUCAUUUAUUCUCACCCUCUUUGACUUUUACUUAUAAUCACACACACACAUUGCUACUUAUAUAAAUAUAAAUGUUCUCAUAUAAUUGUUAUAAUGACUCAAGUUCCUGUAGCAAGGGAAGAACUUUCUUUGUCAGUUAAAGCUUUUAAUACAUGAAAAUAUUCAGCCUAGUUCCUCGUUAUAAAAUAUAAGAAAUAGGACAAUGUUCAAGUAUUUUCCCUUUAUAAAGAUACCAGUCAUCCUUUCCUUAAACUAGAAUUAGGGAAAGUAUAUUUUUUCUAUUUUAUUGAAUUUCUUGGAAGUCAUAUUUAAUAUGAGUAUUUGGGGGUAUCUACUAUGUGCCUAACUAGUCCUGUUCUAGGCUUAAUGGAAACUAGUAAAGAAAUUAAUUCAUGGGUCAGGAUCAUAAAGAGUUUAUAAUAUCUUUAGUUAAACAAGAGUUGGGAAACAAAUGGAGAACAAUACAAGAGAGUUUUAUUAAGUGCCAAAUCAUACCAAGUGCUAGAGCCAGGAUGUGUCUGUAAUUCUUGUCAUCCCAGUCCCUGUGUGAUGCUGCUAUAAAUGUGGGGUUAAAAUUGAGAUCCUAGUAGCAAUAAAAUGUAACAUGGGAGGAGUCUGAAUGUAGAGAUGAAAAAUACCGAAUGUAAUGGCUUCUCUUUUCUCUCUUGUGGAAUUGCAUUCCAACCAGAAUAGUGCCUUAGAAUGGAUGUGCCCAACUGCUCUGUAUCUAUGCAAUAUUUUAAUAAAGUGGAAAUACAUGUGCUC